AAGGCUUUAGAUACUGUUGACACAUUAAUGUGUAGUCUGCAUAGACUUGUCUGUCAGUAUUAAAUCUACAAGGGAGAUUACUCUUUUAACUACCUAGAUCUAAGAGUUGUAAGUACUGACAUUUCCGAUUCACAAACAGUGGACAUGUCUUUGGUAAUUUUGGAAGCUGCGAAUUAUUCUGAUCUGAUAUGGCAGAAAAAGCACGUCAGAGCCCAUGGAUAGGUGAAGCAGACGUACAGUUUAGUCAAAACGAGGCUGAUCUUCACAAGCAUAGGAACGAUUGUAAGAAGAAUAAAAGCCAUGCAAAUUUCAUCCCAAUAAAUGCCUUCACUCUCCAGCAUUUGCCAGAGGAUUACAGGGAUAAGGAUAUUUUUGAUUUUAUUAAAAUGACUGCUGAACUGACUGUGAGGAUAAGCACCAAUUACGUCAGCCACAAAAGACCGGAAGUCAUGCCGCAUACAACUACUCCCUAUCUCUUUUGGAAUAAACGUGGCGAAUAUUCAAUGGCCUCUGGAACCGGUCGAGUGUGUGACGUAAAAAUGAAGUCAGACCCACGUGCCUCAGAUGACGAGAUGUACGAGGAUCUGAAAGCAGUCGAGGAGCUGACUGAUUUGAAGCGAAUCUACGAGACCUGUGACGAAUCAGAUAAGCCCCACGAGGAGUCUGGUUGGGUCAAGGUCGUCCCACCAAGACACUGCUUGUGCGAAAACUGCAAGCAGUCGAAAGAGCCAAGCCGAGAAUUCGGAUGGGUCAAAAUCAUAACGGCAAGACACGUCAUCUUCAACAACAAGGAAGCCGAAAACGCAACUUGCAGAAUAUUCUUUGAUGAAAACGAAUGUCCCAAAACACUAAUAUACGGAGUCAAAAUGGCCACGCUGAAUAAGCCCAACUUUGAUUGGUGCUGGUUGAAAUGCAUCACGUGUGACCUAGAUUUGCUGUCAAAGCUUAAAGACCUGUGCGAUCAGCGAGAAGAAUUGUACAGAAAAAUAAACGACAGAUACGUGAAAGAACGUGGGGGGUGCAGGCUUAACGUGAUUGUGUCUCACCCACAUGGAUGUUCCAAGCAGGUCUCUGUUGGGGAGUGGCUUGACGUCAAGCUUGAGGAUGACGGAGCCUGGACGCAGUAUCACUACAAUACCGCCACGUGCCCUGGCAGCAGCGGAGCCACGGUAAUCAUGCUAGGGUACACUGGGACCGAUGACCACGUCCACAGUGGAGGGAGCAAAGAUUUUAACUAUAGUGGAGUCGGUGAUGAUUACUGGAAAGUAAAUACACUCUAGCCAACAAAGUGGUGUGAUAUAGUGCGUGUGCUAAUUAGCAUUAACAGCUUGGAUACCAUAAUGAAAAGCUCGCGUUGUAAUUCAUAUGAAGAAUAGUUUUAUUUUUUUAUUUCAAACUUUUAUUGCAAACUUUAACCUGACAUUAAAUCGAACCAUAAUACGUUACAUAUGUUAAACAAGCAUUCAUAUCUGCGGUAUAAAGCUGAUUCAGGCAACCCGUCGGGCCAUUGAACCACUCCUCUUUGUGAUUGUCGUUUGUAAUUGCAAGUAGCUGCCAGCGAAACCUUUCAAUCUUCAUUAGCCACAACCCAAAACCAAGCCUUGCGUCUAAUCAGUGGAGGUAUAAAAGCAACUCCUGCAGCAGCCUGUGAAGAAGGAUCCAAUAUUGAGCCUCUCAAGCUAAGGCGCAACAGAGCAGCACCUGGGCCGCCUUAGUCAUAGGCAAACUAGGCAGCCGCCUUGAGACUCCGAUUGGUGGAGGUCUCGCACAGAACUUAAAACAUUGCGAAAUUUCGAUCAAAUCUCAAAUACAGCAGAGCACUAGGACUAUUCUUCUACUAGCCUACAUCUAAUGUGACUCACAUUUCUAGAUAAAUAUUUAAAUCUACUUCUGUUGCAAGACAUUUUUUUUUCUGAAUUGCGUAAUUUAAUUUUUUUUCGGUGUUUAUUUUGUAUUUUUCUUUUUUAUUUAGAGCCACCAAAUUCCUUUACUUAGGGCCUCCAAUGAAUUAAGUACGGCCCUGGCAGUACUAGAGGCUAGUGAGAGAUUCAGAAGGUCGAAGGAUAACGAUAUUAAUAAACUAUUAACACAGAGAGCUAGAAUAUCGAAGAAAGGAAGCCAAGAACUCUGAUUCAAAUGGCUGAUAAAAUACUCCAAAACAUCAUCUACCCCAAACAACAGAGAAAAUAAAACACUAUGUUUUCGAACAUAGCUCCCACAAUUAAAACACAUUGAGUAAACAUUAGCCUCACUGAGGAAUUACAUCAAACAAUUGAAAGCUAUCCAAAAACAGCUAUCCAUUUAUAUAACGUUGGAUGUGCCUUCAAAGCCACCAUCAAUGCCGGUUUUGAGGUCCUCCUAAUCUUUCCCAAAAAUAAGCACACUUUAUUAAGGGUCUUGGGUUCGAAACCCGGUGAUUUUGAAUUUCGGCAUUAUAAGUUCGUCUAUGAUUCCAUCCAAUUCUAAUGGGUACCUGACAUUAGUUGAGGAAAAGUAAAGGCGGUUGGUCGUUGUGUUGGCUAGAUGAUUCCCUUGUUAACCGUGGGCCACAGAAACUGCAUGGUCUAAAAGGGGAACUUUAGUUGUUUUUUUUUUUUAGCUUACUUACAACUCAAGAGAGUCCCUUGUCGUAGGCCAUCGUUUCAUCUUGUUCCAGGUAUAAUCAGACUCUAAGGUGUCCAGCUCAAAUUCGAGUCACCAGAUGCUCCAUGGACUCCCUUGAGAAUUCAUAAUCCAAUCCAGCCCUAUCUUCUCUUUCUGAUUUCUUCUUCAGAAAGUUGGGGCUGAUUCUUCUCAGAAAGUUGGGGCUGAUUCUUCUCAGGAAGUUGGGGCUGAUUCUUCUCAGGAAGUUGCUCUUGGUGUAUGGGCAGUGAACGUGAAGAAUUGUAAAAUGUUUGCUUUUAAUAUUUCGAAUGUUCUUUCAGAGUUGAAGAUAAUUUACUUCCUAGUCCAAACCUCCCGCAGGACGAAGGGACGACGGGAUGGGAGCGGGCAGGGUUUGAACCCGGGACCAUCGAUAAGUCCGAACGACAGUCCAGCGCGCAAACCGCACGACCAGGCAGCCAUCCAACGUAGGCAACCGUUAAUAAAAGUUUAAAACUUUUCAAUCGAAUUUUAAACUGUCCUCCUAGUCUCAGCUAAAUCUAAAUAUAGCAUAAUGGCUUUCACAUUAGACUUGAAAGAGACGAGUCAUUUGUUGACAAGUAGAUUUCUCUUUAGGUUCAGAUUAGUCUUGACAUAUAAAAGGCGACUAUUGAUCAUGCCCAAUCCUGGCUUUGGCAUUUGCAAAUGUUGCACCUAGGCCAUUUAAUAUGUUACAUUGGUAGUAGAGGACUCUUAGAAGCACAGCCCACAAAUUAAAUUGGUUCUGAGUUAGUAAAGAUAAAAUCAACUCUACUCCACUUAUUUUUCUCUACGUAUAGUAUAUGAUACAAGGUAACAAAAUAAUAAAAUAUAAUAAUAAUAAUAAUAGAAUUAUAAACAUUGUGUACAUGUCUAUGUGGUGGAUAAAAAUACUUUUAAUUUUAUUAUUUUAAUAAAUAGAUUAUUUUGUGUUUCUAGUGAAUAAGAAUAAGAAAAUAUUAA